AUGCCGGGGCCGGCAGAUCAGAUCUCUGCCUGUGAGGACUCUCAAAAUAAAUUACAACUUCACCUCCAGAGGCAGCUGGAGGAUGACAUUGCGAGAAUCUUUGAUGAAUCUAUUUACUCUGAUCUUGAAGUGGUGUGUGGGAAAUUAAAGAUACUAACUCAUUCUUGCAUUCUAAAAGCACGCACUGAUCAAUUUUAUCACCAACUACAUACAUUUUUGCAUGUGAACAUUGAGCGCAAUACUUUCGAUGAAAUAUAUUCUUUCAUAAGCGAUGUUUACACUGAAUGCAACAUACAACACGAAGAAAAAGAAAUAAUUAAGUUUCUUCAAUGCAAUUUGAGUGCUUUAAAACCCGUGUCAGUGAAGCCCAGUAAUAUAAAAGAAGAAGGCGAGGAAUCCGAAGUUUUCUCCACACCCAAGUGUAUUACCCCAUAUGUAGACAGUGAUACCCACAAAGCUAUUCAAUCUAGUCCCAGCACGGAAUUAACAAAAGAAUAUUAUGCACUAGUUCCAAUCGAAGGGAAUUUAUUUGAGAAGGAGCUUAUCGAGCAAGACGAGCUUUCUAAUGCCUUUCAUUCUAUAAUAAAAGGUCAAACAGAAGAUAAAAAUCAAGUUAAAAUACAGCUAAACAAACCUACUUCGCUACCCUUGAAUUCUAGUCAUAUUUCCAAAACAGUUAAGCAUUCCAGUAGUAAUAACAAUAUAAAUAAUAUUUGUCUAAAAGAUAAAACCUCUCCAAAACCUGAACACAACCUAAGUACAGCGGCUGAUAAGGACUUCAAAAGUAAUCAGAUAUUGCCGCUUAGUGAUACUGCAGGACGUAACACUACCACUAAAACCAAGUCUAACUCAUUGGAUGCUGCAUAUUCCCCGGAUAGUUUAAUCACGGAUGAGCCCAGUUCUUCUUCUGAUUAUUUGUCUGCAGCAUACACUUUUUCUCCAGGUCUUACAACGUCUGGUUUCCAACAACAAGUAAAUGUUGAGAACAUCACAUCCAAGAUGGAGAAUAUUUACACUUGGUCAGAUUCGGGACUGGAGGACCCUGCAAUGUUGGGUAGCGUCAAUAGUCAAAAGGACGUCACUUUAACAAACAUGUCUUUAUCAGAGAGCACGGUUCAUGACUUAGUUGCUGACGAUGCAAGCAUCUCAGCGAUAUCUGUACCCAGUUCCUUAGAAAACCAGCUACAUAGAUCGAAGCAGAGCGGCACUUCUUUAGACCAAGAUUGCAAUGGUCAAAGUAGUCUUCCAGAGCUGAGUGGCAAGUCACUAAAAGAAGAAAAGCAGAGACAGAAUGAAGAAAUUGUCAUACUAGAAUCGUCCUCAUUAUCCUCUGAAACGGGUUCCUGGGAGUCUGUGUACCCGCCUAAAUUAGUUCAAAAGGAAAUUUGCGAAAGGUUUUUACUCAAUGAACGCCAGAAUUAUUUUAACACUUCUGGUUUAGUCCAGAAAUCACCUUUCAAAUCUACAACUUGUUUUAUAGAUGCUUCUAACUUAGUUGAUGAAGAUGAGUGUCUUGUAUUAGAAACCACUAAUAACGCAUCUUCCACAAAUAUUAAUUUAGAAAUUUUACCCACACCAAGUAAACCGGUACCGGUUGCUUGCUCGACUAUGAAGUCGGACAACAGUCCAGGUGAUUGGUCAGAAAGUAACGACAAUGAUGAUUCAUUAGAACAGAGUGAAAAAAAGGAUUUUGAUUCAAUAAUAAAAGAUUUAUCUCCUAUUAUUUUUGAAAUGACCCCAAUUACAGAAGACUCUUUGUGCACAAAUGCAUUUGAAAAUGCAGCUCAAUCUGAUGUAGGUGCAGAUGUGGAAGAUAAUAUUAAAUAUUUAUCAGAUAAAGAGAAAUUGCGCAGUGCAGUGUACAUGCCAUGCUUUGCCACAGCUACACCAAACAACUCAAUAUUGUCAGUGAAGACUUUUAAACCGUACGAGUCAGAAGACAGUGAAAGUAACAUUAUCAUCGAUUCUGACAGUUCUUCUAUGAAUGUCAGGAAAGGUAGUCGUUCUCCUCCGAUUCUUUCCGGCGGUGUGUCAGUAGAAGAUCAUUUACCUCAGGUAGGAAAUAAUCAUGAAGGUAAUCCAUCACUAAAAUCUAAGCAGAGUGAAAUAAGUACCGUAACAGGAAAACAAAGUUCUUCUUCAGCUUGGGUAGUAGACAUGUCUAGUAAUCUGGAAGCAGACGACAGUUCAUUGGUAGGUAAACUAUCCGAUGGAUCAGUAAACGAAAAAAAGAAUAUAUUUUCUAUGUACAUAGAUCUAGGCGAUAAUUCGACUUUGAAAGAUAUGCCUUCCAGACUAUCCGCUUCAAUGAAAAAGAGUACUGCAAAUGUCGAAAAUAAAUUGCCUCCGCAAAAACCUAAAACCACAGAAAGAAACUCUAGAGACAAAGACACCACAUUUGAGAAAAUUGAAGCUUUGUGCGAAGAUCCCAAUAUUAGUAUUUCUGAAAUAAUCGCGAUUCCAGGAGGAAAUGAAACCGUUGUAACGAACGGCGAAGAUUCUUUCAUAGAACAGGUGCGGAAAGUAAACCAGCCACAAGAACAGGAAGAGGCCGAAAAAAUAACCUGCCCUAAAGAACUUUCAGCGAAUUCUCAAGACAGUAGCUUUGUGAAACUGUCAGACUUAGAUAAACCGGUGCAGAAAACAGAUAUGUUGGUCUCUAUCGAAACUAAAGGAGUCGAUGUACGGAUGACAAGAUCCAUUCCUGACUGGGGCGAACAAGGAUUUUCUACGAACUCUAGAUCGAUAGAAGUUAUUACUUCUUUUCAUUCAGAGAAUGCGCUCAGCUUGAACAGACUAUUUCCUCACUUACAAAAUGAAUUUAGUAGGAGCAUGCCUGGUUGCCUAUCGAGUAGGACGCGGUCACCGCUGAGACUAGGCACAUCCAGCACCCUCGGUGAUGGUGAUGAGCAAGGGUCCGAUAUGUCGGAAAUAAGUAGUAUGCAGAGCAGCAACUGUCGCUCAGGGUUUGGGAACAGUACUACAGACAGCCAGACUUCGAAUUUAAUAGAGAACUGUACUUCGCGUCUUGGUCAAGACUUACUAAGAAUGUUUCUUGAGGAAAUCGCGCCUGAUGUCAUUGUGGAAGUGUCAGGAAAACGAUUCAAGGCACACAAAUGUAUACUGUCAUCCAGAUGUCAAUACUUUGCUGGUAUAUUGAGUGGCGGUUGGGUGGAGAGCUUGGGGAAUGUUAUCGUGCUCCCCCCGUUUUCAUACAACGUGGUGUAUUUCGCAUUGUGCCACAUAUAUUCUGGUCUUGCAACAAUUCCGGAUUCGGUGAGCAUCGUUGAAUUGGCAACUAUCGCCGAUAUGUUGGGCUUAGAGGGUCUCAAGGAAGCCAUAAUGUUUACGUUAAAGGCUAAAUAUUGCCAUCAUUUUCACAAGCCGUGUACUGUGUGCAUAGUCGGUGUGUUGGAAUGCUUCCCAUUGUCUGCUGUAUAUGGUUUGGAUGAUUUAUAUCUCAAAUGUGUCAAAUGGAUUACGAAACACUUUACAAAAGUUUGGCCAACCAAGGCGUUCGCGACGCUGCCUACGGAUCUCUUAGAUAAGUGCUUCCAGCAUCACACCGUCAACCUGACCGUGGACAAUGUGGUGGACACUGUGUACGGCUGCGGCAUUACUACGGCAUCGUUACAAAACUCUAAAUGGGCUGAGUCCGUAGCACGGAUGUGCCGAAGGCUCAUAAGUGUAGCAGCGCACUUCGCGGGCCCAAGGCUUCUCGCUGUUUACCAAGCCAUCCCUCCAUUACCAAACGAAGCGCCACAGGCCGCCAAGCAAGCUCUCGACGAUUUUCAUGCUGCUGCUAUCGAAUGGGCACCUCCGGACGAAGUCUGUCGUGCUUAUGGUUUUCUUUCUGCGCUCCUCAAAGAAAUGCGCAAUAGUCAGUACUCGAAACCUGAUUUGAUUAGUAACGGUACUGAAAACCGUAAAAGUUUGGGCCAAUACACUAUACUGUACUCACAAGCGGGCAACUGGCGUAUGCAGUGUGAGGGUGCGCUAGUGCGAGCGUCGCCCAGAGUUGUCACUACACAGGCGUUCAAGGAGUUACCAUCGGAGUUACGUAAAAAGCUGCGAGAGCUCGGUUGUAUUAAAUACGGUGCGCAUGCGUUGCCUAUAUCCUCUCCUACGCAUCAGCAAGAGAGAAAAAUUAAUACGACCACUGUUGUGAAAAACAAGCCAUUCAGUUCAUCGCCUCGUAAUAUUGACAUAGCCCACGUGCGUGCUUUAUUUGUGCCUUAUUCGCCUAAACCGAUGUACCCAGUCGGAUCAGUGGACACUCUUAAGAGUAGCAACGAUAUCCGUGAUAGCAAGAAGUCGAUUGUGUCCACUAAUCCACCAAAGGUGAGGACGACGAAAGCACAAGAGGACGUGCCAAAUAUAAUAAAAAAAAAAUACCAAAUCACAAGACAAGUUAAAUACUAAAGCUAGCUCAGCGCGGGCUCCAUCCUUCGAGAGGACUAAACCGAGGUAUUUAGAUAUUAAACAAAAAGACAAGAAAACAUCAGUUGUGAACAAACACCUGCCAAAAAUUGAAUCGUCAAGUGAAUCGUCUCGUAACUCAAGCCCUAUACAUUUGAGAAACUUACGGUCGAGUCCCCAGAAGGGGCGGCGGGGGGAAAUGGUCCCGCAGACCAUGUCGCAGGAUAGCCUGGCCACCAGCUCGCGGCCACGCACCGCUGAGCCGUCCACUGACUCGCUCAGCGAAUCACAAACGAGCAACCGAUAUGCCACCUACACGAAGACCAAGCACACCAAGGGCGCAGUCGACUCGAGCAAAAUAUUAAAACAUGUUGAACCGACAACUGCUACUGUGGCGUCUAAUAAAUCUAAAACAAAGAUACCGGUAUAUUUAAACAACUCAACAAAAUCCAAGGGCCUGGAAAAUCGGUUCUCCAGGGAGCAACCAAAGUUCACUAAGCAGGUUCCCAGGAACAACAACAACAUGGUUCCCACUAGACCCCAGGAUCGUAAAGUGCCUGGUUCCUUGAUGAACGCCACGAAGUCAAGCUCCGCGAAGGUUGUGCCCAAGGUAGUGAAAGAGAAAGAACUACCGAAGAAUAUUAUACCUAGGUGUCAGAGAAUUGGACAUACAAGCCGGCAUCAGCAUCAGCACCAGCACGAGGAGAGGGCGCCUCCCGUCAGAGACAUUCCCGUCAUGGAGCGCUCUGGCACAUUCUUAAAGGAUGAACCCACUUUCGGAGACAAACUAACUAAUUUAGAUAUAUCUCAAUGA